CGAAAGUAUAGUGGCCGCAUAUGCUGCUGGAUUAUUCGCAGAACAAAGCGGGGCAGGACGAGGGCGGGGCUGCGCAUCAGGCAUCAUCCAUUGUGGACUGUAUUUUCACGUUUCUUCCAGGCAGGGGACGGUCGAAUUCAAACGCUGCGGUGGGGGCACACCUCGUUGCUGCGAAUGGGCGCCUCUCGUAUUUUUCGCAGCGAGCCUUCGAGCUGCAAUGCUGCCGAGACUGGAUAUAUUAGCCCAGCGCUUCAUCCCUGCCAGUUCCCGGGGUCUCUGACCAGAGAGGUCCCAGAAUUGUUUUGCUUUCGCUAGAAGGGAAGGAUCGCGUGUAGUUGUCGUCGUUGUUAUUCGGCAGUAGCAGAAAAGCAGAAGAAGAACGGCAGCAGUAGCAGCAGCAGCAGAUGCAUUGCACGCUUGUGCACAUUUGUGCGGCUCGCUCGUUUUAGCUUCUCUCGUCUCCAGUACGCGAAGUUUGUGGUGCAGUCCGUGGUGCAGCAGAGGCGGUCUCGCCUUUCCAAAGGCUGAGUCACACCGACUAGCUGGGAAUCGCAAUUCUUUAGCUGGAUAAAUUUCUGGGCCACAUGGAGACUUCUGAGCGCCACCGAGAUGCGGAGAUUGGACUUCUGACGGAGGAGGUCAAAUCGCACCAUCAUUUUCCUUCUGCGACGAAGACCACAUGGCGCAAGGCAGCACUCACGCUCGUCUUCUUUUGCCUCAUUCUCGGGAUCAUAUUUGCAUUCCUGCACGAAGACAGCAUCAGCAUCGACAACGGUAACCUCACAUUCGGCGACGAUCAGCCUCUCGAUGCACUCAGCGUCCAAAGGCUGCCCCUGAACGUGCUGAUCGUAGGCGACUGGGGCCGCAAAGGCCUCUACAAUCAAUCUCAAGUUGCCAGACAGAUGAGCAGAGUCGGGAAAGAACUGCAAGCAGAUUUUAUCCUAUCCACAGGAGACAAUUUCUACGACUCUGGCCUGAAAAGCGUGAACGAUAAAUCCUUUGAAGAGUCUUUUACCGACGUCUACCACGAAAAGAGCCUGCAGAAGAGGUGGUAUGCAGUUCUAGGAAAUCACGACUACAGGGGCAACGAAGAAGCACAAGUGGACAAAAGCUUGAACAAAAGGGAUCCCAGAUGGUGGUGCGACUACUUUUACACGAUUCCUUACAGCGUUAGUCCAUCAUCCACGGUGGAGUUCUUCAUGAUCGACACAAACCCAUUCGUCGAAGAAUACUGGACCCCAGACAGCGAGCAUUACAAAUGGGCGAGGCCAACUCCGAGAGAGGAAGUCAUGGCCUCAACACUAGAGAAUUUGAGCUCUGCUCUGGAGAAAUCACCUGCCACUUGGAAGAUUGUCGUAGGCCACCACACCAUGUACAGCUAUGGACCUCACAGAAACACGCCAGAAAUCAUUGAGAAGGUUUUGCCUAUCCUUGAGGCAAACAAGGUGGAUUUGUACAUCAACGGACACGACCACUGUCUGGAGCACAUCAAACGCAUAGACAGUGACGUGCACUUCGUCACGAGCGGAGGCGGAUCCAAGGCCUGGAAGAAUGAGUUUCUACCAGGCGUGCAGCAACUUCCCGACGUGAAGCUAUACUACGAUGGCCAGGGGUUCAUCUCUCUGUCAGCUUCUCCUACCUCCGUAAUCAUCAACUUUUUUGACAUCAACGGCAAAAUCCUCCACAACUUAGGCCUCAGCAAGUAAAUGAGGAGGCUCAUCAAUUUUCCCCGAUGCCUUUACGGACAUGCUGCUGGCCUCGUACAACUCGUACACCGGGGGCAUGCUCCGUGCUGUAAUAUACUAUACAUAUGUCAUUCGACGCAAUCUCCAAACUUAGCUCCUGGGUCCAAGAUCUUCGAUGAUACUAGGAACACUGACGUAGAACUAAUUCUGGGCUAGGAGUAGAGCAGUUUACAGAUCAGUUUACAGUCCUUUGGGACGGCAAAAAAACCAAAAAACAACCCACUCCGCAAUUUGUGUGGGACAAAUGUAAAAAAUGUAGUAUGAAAUCAGAUUCUGUCCAAAGUUUUUCCAAAAUUAUCGUCCCUUGACAUGUUUCUUGUCAAGUUGGCACAUUUGAAGUCGACCUGGUCCGCAAGGCCGCAUAUAGAACGAUAUUACGGGUUAAAGUUUCAUGUUCACUAUAUAUGAAAAGG